GCAGGAGUUUAACACCGAGCCCGACCCGGUGUCUUCACGCUGCGCUUCGCCUUCUUUUUUUUUUUUUUAACCUGACAAUGGAAAAGCGCGUCUGAGGGAGAAGCUCGCUGCUAGAUAAAGCACGAAGGCGGACAAAAGGCGCCGCGUUUCAGGUGGGACUCGCCUGGAGAGCCGUGGGUUGAGGCGCGAGAGGCGGGCGGACCUGUCACGGGGGUCACGGCGUCUCCGUGCAGGUAAACUGCAGCAGGCAGCCCCGGCUAGCCGCGCAGCUAGUCACGGAGCAGGAAGGUUAGCUUAGCAUCGGGCGCUAACGUCACCAACUAACGGGCAAGUUGGACGAACUGUUGCCAGAGACGACUGCUUAGCAUCGGUGUGUUUUAACCCCGCACAUUGCACCUCUAAAAGACCAGAAUUCGUCAUUUUAAUUUUUAAUUUGUUUUAAUUGCCCUUGAGGAUAAAUUCGCCGCUGUUGCAAAGCUUGAUUGACAGCUUGUCACAACUGGCUUUCCAGAUGUGCAGACACCGCGCAACGUGCAGCUCUGCUCUGUUAAGUUGAGUCGCAGGACUGGACCAGGACCCGGACCAGGACCCGGACCAGGAAUGGCUCUUGGGCUGGAACAAACCCUCUGGUCGACUCUCAACUCAACCCAACUACAUCGGCGCGCUAUGAAUCUCGUUUUUGGCAGCGACUGAAAUCGACGCAGCGGCCGAGCGGACACGUUGCUAGCCCCGCUAACCGACCGACGUUACCGAGGGAGGGGGCGGGAUUCAAGCGGGUCGAACCCACCCACGCACCCACGAGGAGUGUUUUUAAUUCGGCGAACUAAGUGAUGAAAAGGACGGAAAAUAAGAACAAGAGGAAGCCCAUGGAGCUCAUGGAGCACCAGGAGAGCAAGGGAGCGGAGAAAGAUGCGAAGGAGUUUGUGAUGCCGCCUCCUCUCCUCUUCAGGAAGCUGAGUAACCCCGACCUGUCGCCCGCAGCCACCGCCGCUACCAAAUCCAAACUUCACCGGCAGCUGAGCCAGGAUGAAAGCUGGGCCCGACGUGGCAGCAUAGCCAUGACCGGGAAGCAGUUGCUGCCUCUGUCCUGCAGUCUGCACACCGGGGUGAGCCAGCUGGCCUGGCAGGGAGGCCCCGGGGCCCCGGGGGGGCUGGCGGCAGCAGGGGGAGAGACGAACAACCUGGUCCGCAUGAGGAGCCAAUCCUUGGGGCAGUCUGCUCCGUCUCUCACCGGACUGAAGGAGCUGAGCCUUCCCAGGAGAGGCAGUUUCUGUCGGACGAGCAACAGGAAGAGCCUGAUUGUGACGUCCAGCACCUCCCCCACCCUGCCACGACCACACUCGCCUCUGCAUGGACACACAGGUACCAGCCCACUGGACAGCCCUCGCAACUUCUCCCCCAGCGCAGCUGCACACUUCUCCUUUGUUCCUGCACGCAGUCACGGACACAGGGCUGACAGGACGGAUGGCAGACGCUGGUCUCUGGCCUCGUUGCCUUCCUCCGGCUAUGGCACCAACACUCCAAGUUCCACGGUCUCGUCCUCCUGUUCAUCUCAGGAGAAGCUGCACCAGCUGCCCUUCCAGCCCACGCCGGACGAGCUGCACUUCCUCACCAAGCACUUCAGCUCCGAGAGCAUCACGGACGAGGAGGGCCGCCGCUCCCCCGCCAUGAGACCGCGCUCCCGCAGUCUCAGCCCCGGGCGUUCGCCUAUCUCCUUCGACCAUGAGAUCGUGAUGAUGAACCAUGUGUACAAGGAGAGGUUUCCGAAGGCGACGGCUCAGAUGGAGGAGCGUCUGGCUGAGUUCCUCUGCGCCUCGGCCCCGGACAAGGUCUGCCCGCUGGCCGACGGGGUCCUGAGCUUCAUUCACCACCAGCUGAUAGAGCUGUCCAGAGACUGCCUGGUGAAAAGCAGGGAGGGCCUCGUCACCUCUCGCUACUUCUACGAGCUCCAGGAGAACCUGGAGAAGCUGCUGCAGGAUGCUCACGAGCGCUCCGAGAGUGUCGAGGUUACCUUCGUCACAAAGCUCAUCAGGAAGCUGAUGAUCAUCAUCGCCCGGCCAGCGCGCCUGCUGGAGUGUCUGGAGUUUGACCCUGAGGAGUUCUACCAUUUGUUGGAAGCAGCAGAGGGCCAUGCCAAGGAGGGCCAGGGCAUCAAGUCCGACAUCCCCCGAUACAUCAUCAGCCAGCUGGGCCUCACCAGGGACCCCCUGGAGGAAAUGGCCCAGCUGAGCAGCUACGACAGUGGGAACCCUGAAACUCCGGAGACUGAUGAUUCGGUGGACAGUCAAGGCACCCCGGUCCCAGCAGCUCCUCCACAGCCCAAAACCAAACCACCUCGUGAGGAAGACUUUGAAAACAUCAAGCUCAUCAGUAACGGAGCCUACGGCACCGUGUUCCUGGUGCGUCACAAGGAGACCCGGCAGCGCUUCGCCAUGAAGAAGAUCAACAAGCAGAACCUGAUCCUGAGGAACCAGGUCCAGCAGGCCUUCGUGGAGCGAGACAUCCUGACGUUUGCCGAGAACCCGUUCGUCGUCUCCAUGUUCUGUUCCUUCGAGACCAGGAGACACCUGUGCAUGGUGAUGGAGUACGUGGAGGGGGGGGACUGUGCCACGCUGCUGAAGAACAUCGGAGCGCUGCCGGUCGACAUGGCCCGGAUGUACUUUGCAGAGACCGUCCUCGCGUUAGAGUAUCUUCACAACUAUGGCAUCGUACACCGAGACCUCAAACCUGACAAUCUUCUCAUCACCUCCAUGGGACACAUCAAGCUGACGGACUUCGGUCUCUCAAAGAUCGGUUUGAUGAGUUUGACCACCAACAUGUACGAGGGACACAUAGAGAAAGACACCAGAGAGUUCCUCGAUAAACAAGUGUGUGGCACUCCAGAGUACAUCGCCCCAGAGGUGAUCCUGCGCCAGGGCUACGGGAAGCCGGUGGACUGGUGGGCCAUGGGAGUCAUCCUGUACGAGUUCCUGGUGGGCUGUGCUCCUUUCUUCGGAGACACACCCGAGGAGCUGUUUGGUCAGGUCAUCAGCGAUGAGAUCAUCUGGCCCGAAGAGGACGAAGCUCUGCCUCAAGAAGCUCAGGACCUAAUCUCCCAGCUGCUGAGACAAAAUCCUCUGGAGAGACUGGGCACAGGAAGUGCCUAUGAGGUGAAGCAUCACUCGUUCUUCACAGACCUGGACUGGAACAGCCUGCUGAGGCAGAAGGCCGAGUUCAUCCCCCAGCUGGAGUCUGAGGACGACACAAGCUACUUUGACACUCGUUCCGACCGGUACCACCAUGUAGAUUCAGAUGAAGAGGAUGAUACCAACGAUGAGGAACAUGUGGAGAUUCGACAGUUCUCCUCUUGCUCGCCUCGUUUCAGCAAGGUGUACAGCAGUAUGGAGCGCCUGUCUCUGCACGAGGAGAAGAGGACACCUCCUCCCACCAAACGCAGCCUCAGCGAGGAGGGAGGAGAUCGCAUCGACAGCCUCAGCGGACUCAAGUCCAGAGAUCGAUCUUGGCUGGUGGGAUCUCCAGAGAUCCUGCGGAAGCGUCUGUCUGUCUCGGAGUCGUCCCACACAGAGAGCGACUCCAGCCCACCACUGACGGUCCGGAGACGCUGCUGUUCUGCCAUCAUUGAGAUGCCCCGCUUCGCCAUCUCCUCAGAGGAAGAGGGAGGUCAAGGUGCAGUUGGAAGCCGGAAGAGUCCCAGCCCGCUGGGUCUGAGUGCAGUGAGGGGCCCGCGGUGUGACGAGCUGCCCCUCGCCAUCCCAGAGAUCCCAGUGGAGAGAGAGCUGAAGCUGGAGGAGUCUCCCACCACGCCGAGCUCCACCUGCAGUCCACUGAGCAAGGCCACGCUCACAUCGGGUAGUUCAGUCGACGUCAGUGACCGCGGUCACAGAGGUAGCGGCAGUAACGGCUGUGCCAGCGCAGCCGCUAAAGUUGCAGAGGACAGCGACUCUCCGUCCACUCCGAGAGCCAUCAGCGACCUGGCGGCUCGCAGGGCUCGCCAUCGGCUGCUGUCUGGGGACGCAGACAAACACACAGCGCCGCCCAGCUCCCGACCGCUCAACAAGGUCAUCAAGUCGGCGUCUGCCACCACGCUGUCACUGAUGAUCCCUGCAGACCACCACGGAGCCUCUCCAUUGGCCAGUCCGAUGUCGCCCCACUCACUGUCGUCCAAUCCGUCGUCACGGGACUCCUCCCCGAGCCGCGACCUGUCCCCGGCCGUGGACAGCGCCACGCCCGCCAUUGUGAUCCAGAGAGUGGGCAAGAAGUACGGCUUCACCCUGAGGGCCAUCCGAGUGUACAUGGGAGACUCUGACAUCUACACUGUACACCACAUGGUCUGGCAUGUGGAGGACGGUGGUCCGGCCCACGAUGCGGGGCUGAGGGAGAGAGACCUGAUCACCCAAGUCAACGGAGAGGCGGUUCACGGGCUGGUCCACACAGAGGUGGUGGAGCUCAUCCUGAAGAGCGGGGGCAAAGUCUCCAUCGCGGCCACCCCGUUCGAGAACACGACCAUCAAGGUCGGUCCCGCCCGCAAGACGACCAACAAAUCCAAGAUGGCGAGACGAAACAAGAAGACCAAGACCAAGGAGGGACAGGACAGUAAGAAGAGGACGUCUCUGUUCAGGAAGAUCACCAAGCAGGCGUCUCUCCUCCACACCAGUCGCAGCCUGUCCUCUCUGAACCGCUCGCUCUCCUCCGGGGAGAGUGGCCCCGGCUCGCCCACGCACAAUCUGUCCCCGCGGAGCCCGACGCAGGGCUGCAGGUCCACGCCGGACUCCGCCCACUCAGUUGGUGGGAACUCAUCUCAGAGCAGCUCUCCCAGCUCCAGCGUCCCAAACUCCCCGGCGAGCUCCGGCCACAUCAGGCCCAGCUCCCUGCACGGCCUCGCCCCGAAGCUCCAGCGCCAGUACCGCUCACCGCGACGCAAGUCCGCCGGCAACAUCCCCCUCUCCCCGCUGGCCCGCACGCCUUCGCCCACCCCGCAGAGCUCCUCGCCACAGCGCUCGCCCUCCCCUCUGCCCAGCCACGCUCUGGCGCAGUCCACGGGGUGCCAGUCGUUCCCCGUGAAGCUCCACUCCUCCCCUCCCCUGGCGAGGCAGAUAUCCAGGCCUAAGAGCGCAGAGUCGCCACGGUCGCCGCUCCUCAAGAGGGUGCAGUCCGCUGAGAAGCUGGCCUCCUCGCUCUCCAACCCCCCCUCGUCUCCCUCCGGGGGGGCCGCGGCGGGAGGAGGGACCGCGGGGGCCCGCAAACACAGUCUGGACAUCUCUCACUCCGAGUUCAAGAAGGAGAUUCUGCAGAGAGAACCGAGUCUGCAGAGCCUUCAGGAGUCGGCCAGCGAGGGUCUGCUGUCCUCGGCGGGACGCAGCGUGGAGACGGGCAGCCUGCAGAAACACUCCUCCUCGUCCAGGAAGUUGGGCCGUCAGGAGGGGGACGGCUCCCUCGGUGCCGUGUCCGGCUCGCUGGGCCUGGCCCCCGGGAAGAGCAAGCUGAAGGACAAACUGUCCGCCAUCCGGCAGGACCGAGCCGAGCGGAGGGAGUCGCUCCAGAAGCAAGACGCCAUCCACGAGGUGGACUCGUCCGAGGACGAGACUGACGAGGGCUCCGAGGACAGCCAGGACGGAGGCAGGGCGGCGACCUUCACCCCUCCCCCUCUGCUGAGGCCCACCACCGUGAGGACGGGCCCCGGGGGCACCCUGCCCUCCCUCUGCACCCCUCACGCCACCUUCACCCACACGGGGCCCGCCCAGUUAGGCAGGCCCACUCCCUCGCACACCCUCCCCUCUCUUGCAGAAAGCAAGCCGGAUCAGAGCGCCCCCUCUCUGGGGGAAAAGGAGGCGCGGUCGGCUUCAUCGACAGAAGACGGUGCAAAACAUGAGAGGAAGGUUCUAGAACCGAGAGGGCCCGCAAAACCCACGCAGGGCCCCCUACCCUUCUCCACCCCAGGCAGUGCAUUCAUCUCAGUCAGCAAGGACACUUUCCUCAAGCCAACUCCUCCGCAGGACUCGAAGAGUCCCGGGGGGACGGCCGCACCAUCGGAGCCCAGAGCGGAGGACCCGGCCCUGGGCAGCCCCAGAACCACAGUCCCCUCUCCAACGACCAUCACACAUCCUACCGAGAGCAGAACCACGGCCAACGGCACGGACUCCAUCGCUGAGAGAGCUCCAGACUGCCCGACGCCCGACGGCCAAGAGACGCCCCGCGCCUCCUGCUCCUCUCCUGGCAUCCCCAAGGAGAAGAAGGAGGCCGACAACCGGAAACUCUGUGCUGUGGCGGCUGCGAGUCUCAGUGCGACGCCCUCGCCCACUUCCGGCUCCCCAGUUCCGCCCUCUGAGAGUGUCGUGGAGAAGGUCGUGUCCCAGCUUGCGACAGAAGCGAAGAGCGUUCUGGGUCCAGUCAAACUGAGCCCCGCCGCCGCAGCCCAGAGCCAGAAGGACCAGAAACCAACUGAUCCCCUCUCAUUUCCCUUUCCACAGCCACAAGCCCCUCAGACCCCUCAGACCCCUCAGACCCCUCAGACCCCUCCCCUUUUGGAGUCCCAAACAAGACAGACAACUGAGCCGGUUGCCUCACCAACCACUUCACUGAGGUCGCCCAAACCCUCGACCCAGAAAGACUUUGCAGCCCCGCAGCCGUCAUCCCGCAACGACGUCCCAGAGAGGCCCACGUCGGGGUCUGCAUGCCGGGAGGACGCUGCCACAACUGCAUCCGCACAGCGGCCCCCGCAGCCUCAGCCUCAGCCUCAGCCCGCCCUCGGCUCCUCCUCCUCCGCAUCCGAUCCACAGCGCGAGAGGUCCCAGCCCAAGGCGUCCGCCUCCGCGCAACCAGACAAAGCAAACGCCAAGAAGACGUAGCAGCCGCACGGGAAGAAAAAAAAGAAGAAGCAAAGUACCAGAACCAAAUGUACAGAUCACCUGAGUGUGCUCGCUUGAGGUUUCAGAAGCCACUGCAUGUCUGGAAGAAAACACAUUGGUAACUUGGCACUAAUCAGAGACAGGUGUGGUCCGCCUCGCUCCAUUCCAGCUGUGCUCCACAUGUUCAUGUGAGUUACUUUGGUGUCGUGACUAUUUGGGUUCCCGCUCUCAGGCUAAAUGCCACGAGGAGUCGCCGUUUUAUUUUUUCUCUUUCUGCAAACGUGUUCGGGGCGAGAAAUAAAGAGCUCAGUGGUCCGUGCACGGCGCGCAUAAAACGCACACACCUGGCAACGCACACACCUGGCAACGCGCCGUUUCCCUCGCUCGCGAUCAUUCUCGCGCUGCCUCAUUACUUUUCACCUUGAUGUUUGCCCCCCCUCCCCAACAAUGGGGAAGGAGAUUGUUUCCCAGCAACAAAGUGCAGCGUAUGUUUAGCAAUCUGUGUAAACGCAUCACGGUGUUUUUAAUGGGACGACAUCCAUGUCCACCCGGCUCACUGGGCCAAAUUCAAUUCUCCUCUCCUCGCUGAUGCGACGCUGCAUCGCUCCCCGAGCUCGGAUCCCAGACACGGCUUGGUGAUUUGAAGAGAUUCCGUGGCGUGUCGGUGUGCUAGAUUAGAUUAGUGUUUGUGCUGACUCAUCAAGUCUGCACUCGGGCGUAGAGCCUCGUCUGGAGCUGCAGUUGGACUCUUGACACGGUCGGCCGUCCCUCCCUCUGCUGGACGUCGUGUCUUACAGCGCGACAUCGCACCUUCCCCUCGUUUUUUUAUGUUUUUUCCGAAGGCGCGAAGACUGCUGACUUAAGUUAUUUCACUCAUCGAGUGAUUCAAUUCUCUCUUUUUUUUAAAUAGAUUUUUUUUAAACCGUUGAUUUUAAUUUCAACAUGUUGGCGAGGUUUCUACAGGGUGGGGAUGGUUUUCGAUACCUUGCUCUAGUGUGUUCGCAAAGCGCUUCGCGUAACCGCCGCUAUCGCCCGUUUGAUUUAGGGAUUUUAAAAACCCUUCUAUCCGGCAAGCUAAUCCAAUACUGGAUCAUGACCCCGGACCCAACAUCACGGGUCUCUAGCUGCGGUUCUGUUUCAUCCCGCGGUCAGCAGAGUGAGCAGCCAGCCUUACCCGAUAGGUUUCAACUCUGAACGUGAAACGACGCCACGGAUUUGAACGCACCCCUGAUUCCACGGGUCGCCUGCACCACACAUCCCAAACUGAGCGCGCUCAGACCGACGCUGGUGGUUUUAGAAUCACUGUUUCAUUGGACCACUGCCUUUUUAUUUCUAGCUCCCAGCAGCCUCUGGGGGCUACGGGAGUUUUAUUUUGGUGUCUGGACCAAAUUGCUGUGUUUGUUUUUUGCCUCUGAUCCUGUGAAGUCAUCAGAUUUUACUGUGUGUGUGUGUGUGUGUGUGUGUUUGUGUGCGCGGGAGAGUGUUAUGUGUGUAUAUAUAUAAUGUCUCUCCCUCAGAGAUUUAUAUGUAUAUACAUAUAGGAAUAUUUAAAGGUCUGUUGUGCAUCUGUUUUAUACCCUGAGUGUGUGUGCGUGUUUUAUGAUUAUCUUUCUUCACGACACCCUGCUCCCUGUGUGUGUGGCUGAGCUCUGUACGUGUCGCACAAAUCUUUUAUCUCCUUUAUCAAACGCAAAAACUAAAAAAAGAAGCGAUCCUUCAAGGAGCCGGGCGAGCUGUCGAGCCGGAGCUGUCGGGUCGGAGCUGGGUACAAACUAAGAGGCCGUUCUAAUCAAUUUCCCAUAUUUCUCUUUCUUUCGGAUACACCACCCUUUAAUUCCUCUGGGUCGUCCUGAACUCACUAGACAUUUAAAAGCAAGACGAGACAUAUUUUCGGGGGUCUUUCUUUUGGUUUUGACAUUUUUGAAGAGUCUUUCUCCUUUCAUUGGAUGCGAGUCCACCGGUGUUCUGAGCGGCGGGACGCCCCUCGUGAGUUUCAGAUGAACUUUACCUCCUUCGCUGUUCUGUGUCUUCACUGGGCUCGCCCCCGCUUCAUUUGAACUCAGAGCUUUCAGGCUCAGUUUAAAGGACGGCCGUUAAACUGACGUCGACGCUGACUGUGGCAAUCUGUGUGAUACGUUUACAUGUUCUUGUUUCAUAUCUCUACGUGUUUGCUUCGUUUCGUCGGUGGAACUUGUCGCCCGUAGCAGUCGGACCUCCUCCGAGGGACGAGGGUGAUUACCAACGACGCGUUCGGGUCGUCGUAAAUGUGUUGAUUAUGUGAUGGAGGAUGUGCAGAAAGGAGGAAGAGUUGGAGCACAUGCGGCAAAAUCACAGGUGUGUCUGCGGAACCCAUCAGAGGCGUCUGGGACUCCCGUCUAUCCGCCGCGUGCUUUCUGCCAACCAAUCAUAUCGGAGGUCGCUCAGAGAGCAGAAAUUGGUCCGCGGGCAGAUUUGUGAGCACUGAGGAAGUUUCACAGCAAAUCAGCGACAGCAUCUGGAGCCGCUGCGAGGCCUGAAACACUGGCAGUCAGGUUUGACUGUGAUGGUUCAGAGGCUCUCGCCUCCGAGGCCUUUGAGUCUUGUGUCUGUCGUGGAUUCAGAUUCAACGGCACGGGGUGGAAAAUAAAACCAAGCGAAAGGUUUGGCUUUUUAAUCUGCUGUCUGGAACUUCGAUGCUUUGUGCUAGUGCUCCAAAUCUGAGAGCGGAUUUCAAAUGGGUCUCACCCAAAAUCAGGUUUUUGUUCUCGUCUUGAACUGAAACUUCAGCCGGACCAAAACUAUCAGCUGAUAUUGAGCUCAUCACAGAUAUAUAUGAAUAUAUAUAUAUGUAUAUAUAUGAAUAUAUAUAUAUCAUAAUAUAUGUGUAUUCAUAUAUAUAUAUAAUUUAUAUAUAUAUUAUGUAUAUAUAUAUACACAUAUAUUAUAUAUAUAUACACAUAUAUGUGUGUGUAUAUAUCUAUCAGUGUCACUGUGAGGGGUGAUAUUUUCAGAGACAGGUGGGCUCCUCCAUCACAGCUUUAAGUGGUACGUAUCAAAAAGAAACAAAUAGUGGUUGUUGUCCAUCAACCAAUCAAAUAUCAGCGCCUCCUUGUUAGUUGCUUCAUGACUCUGUGCUCUCGAAUCCUGACUAACUCAUCACAGGCCGGUUUAAGUCCUACAAUUUGGUUCCUUGCUCAAUAGUUUUGUCCCAAAAAAAUCUUUCAGUUGGAGUCGCGCUCGACGCAGCAUUUCAAUUCAGUUUCAAAACAGCUUCCGAUGAGGCGCCGCCGUCGACUGCAGCCGCAGUGGUAAUGUUCUGUAUCUAAAUGGUGUGUGUGUGUGUGUGUAAUUGCGCGCACACACACACCAGUCCAUCUGCUCUCAGCUGGCUGCUAUUAGUUCUACAUGGACAGUUGCCUCACACACACAUACAGAUCAAUACGUGUGCCAUCUAAUGUGGCGGUGCCAGUUUUACCAUCGCCACUGGUGUGAAAGUGUCCAACACAAGCAUCUCUGCGAAAUCAGAAACCAUGUGAUCAACAACAACAAAGCCCUCGUGAUCAUGAAUCCCACCGGAUCACAAGGAGCUUCCACAACUUGUCAUUAUAAUUCUAAUUGCGAGGGAUGCGUUUCAUAAAGAGCUUUGGAUUUAACGCGACGGGUGGAGGAAACUGUGACUGCUGUUCCCGCGUGGUAGUUUUGACGUGAAUUAACUUUUGUACUCAUUCGUGAUUCUUUUCAAAAACAGCCGCGGCAAAACUCUCCAACUGAAAGUCAAAACCUCCUUUAGUUUGAGCGUGGACCAAAUCAGGAUUUCGAACAUUUAAAACUCGCACAGGAGACUCCGUCUGGGAGGCACGUCGUCAAACAUGUGACUUUGGGUAUGACAAGGUGACGCCUUAUUACCACUAACACACACACACACACACACCUACACACACGCACGUUCGGAACCAGGUUACAUGAGAUUCGGUGUCGUUUCAAUGUGCAGUCCGUUUAGCUCGUUUCUGUCUGAUGAUCCCAACCGACGUUCACGGACUUGACUCGUGCAGAAAAGGGCAGUGUUUAGUGUUUGUCUUUAAAGAGUGAUGAUGAGGAGGAGGAAGCUUGAGAAGGACGUCGAGAGAGAGAAGAAAAAAAACAUUGCUAGAGUGAAACCAGUGCAAUAUCUUUUUAUUUUUUAUUGUGGUAAAAGCAUGUUGUUGUCAAUCUUACCUUACAACAAUAAUAAAGGUUUUUUUUAUGUACCGCGUCUUGAUUGUGUUUCGUGAUGUUUGGCUGUUUUCCUUUCACACUCAUGUGGCGCGGCAUGCUUUUAACAUGAAGGCAGCGUCUCCUCUGGAGAGCGAGUCAGAAAUGAUAAAUGCCCACGCGGCUCAGGCUGCCGCUGCACUGCAGAAACAUCUUCAGCCGUCUUCAUGUGCAGUCGAGUCUUUAUUUUGACGACAUUCACCCAUAAUAAUAAUAAUAAGUCAGAGUGGCUCUCCAUGUUGAUGCACUCGUUGAGAUCCAGGAGCACGGAGACAUUGCUGUAAAGAAGUCUGACUCGAUCAGAAAUACAACUUAAUUUCUCAAGACAAGUGGAAAAUGAAUGUUCCGGUUUCCAAGUUAUUCGGAUUUUCUAAAACCUGGAGUCAUUUUGUCACAUUUUAAACUCCUGAGGUUCCCUCGUGCUGGUUUGUAUCUGCCCCCCCCCAUCAGGACCACACGUGUGGACGCCACAUUGAGGUAAACUCUUUUGUCUUCAUACAUCAACGUGAUCGUCACUCUCAGCUCGGAGUUCAACUUGGUUUUUUUUGGACCGAUAACAAAAAUAAACGUUCCAAAGGUCCGAGGCCUACAUUGUGUGCAUAUAUUUAAUUCCUAGAAUCCAACUGUUCAACCUACCGCUGUGUAAUGUAGUCGAUGUGUUAUCCUCUUUCAAUCUACGUCUAGCAGCUAACUUAAAGAUAGAUUAAGAUAUCCGAUGGGAUCGAUUCUUAGUGCACCAGAAUGCUUCAAUAACAUGUUAAAAUUGUAAAAUAUAUAUAAAAAGAGGCUCCUCCCAGGGUUAAAAAAGUGUCCCAUCGAAAACAAUGCCCAAGGUAAACUGUCUAGUGUGUUUUCCUGGAUUAUCCAGGGAUGGUGAUUAACGUGCAUCUUAUUUAUAAGUGUGUGACUCGCUCUAUUCUGGUCUUGCCCUGCCUCGAUAUUCUCGGGGGAAAUUAGUAAUUAAUAAAAUAAAAUGUAGGUAUUGCACUCUU